CCCGUCAAUGGGAGAUUGUUUGUCUCAACAAAUAAACACUUGCACUGGAAGUGUUACGCUGUUUACUCCGUAAUCAUUGAACACAUUUUAUUUACAGCAGUUCAAGCGGCGUACAGUUAUCAUCUGGGGACCAUGUUGGAUGUAGGACAGCUUUUAUUGGCUUUUAGCUUUCAACUUCUUUCAGCUUUGUCAAUUUGGUUAUUAAUUAUGUCGCCGGAAGAUGUCGUAAUUGCAGUAAAUGGUUUGAUUCUCUACUUGAAAUCAUAUUAUGAUAACUGGAUGUUACCUCAAUUGGACGUAUACACUCGAAAAACGAGUCAGCUACUGGACAAGAUAUUAGUCACAUUUGUACCUAUUUCAUUUAUGUGCGUUUUUUUUGCGCCAUGCCAUUUGUUUUUUCAACCGAUGUCCAAAAUGUACGUGACGUCGCUAUUUUCAGAACAAUGGCUCAAUACACAUCAAGUUCUGCAACUCGUCAUCCUACUCCCAAUAAUAAUUUUGUAUCUAUUCGCGUGCAUUGGAAUUGUCACAGUGUAUAUCCUUCAUUUCCAAAUCGUUCUAACCUACAUAUUUUUCUUGACGCCAAUACUUUGGAAGGAUUUGAGACUUAAUUUACCCUCAUAUCGCACUGCCGCUGAACUUCGGUCUAAGAUUAAUUUGACCCACGAGUACCGAUCUAUUGAGAUAAUUCAUGCGAUGGCGGUGGAAAAUUAUGGACCGUUAAUACUGCCGUUUCACACCGUAUUUAUGCUGAUCGCUAUAUUUACAAGCUACGUUGCUACACGAUACUGGACCGUUUUGAAUGUUACUUUUAUUAGCGUACUUGCUUUCUUGGCAUUUGUUACUGUUAUAUUUUGGGCAAUAGUUUUAAUCUUUGGGGGAUUUUAUUUCACUCAGUGCACAAGAACUAUAAAAUCUUGGAAACACUUUGAGGGGUGCAAAGAAGAUAUUUUGUACAUUAAGCUUUUUGCAAGAUCGUGUAAAGCUCUUAAAAUUGGGGAUCAAAGUCGUUUCAAGAUUAAUAAUUUGUCACUUUUGUUUUUCAUCAAAGGGGUAACGCGUGGAAUUAUGCGAGCAUUGUUAACUUUAAGAUAAGACGAGAUCCGUAUAUUAAGCGACUUGGUUUUGAUGAUCUAACUUAUUUUAAAUUGACCGAACAAUAAUUGUUAAUUAAUUAUUAAUAGUAGUUGCAUAUGUAGAAACUAAAAUUUAGCCUUAGGACGACAACAAUCAGAAGAAUUUUUUAAAUAUUCAGAUAGGGACACAAAUGUACGGCGCUGGUCGUUUAGCUUUUUCGAAAUAAAUGUAUGUAAAAUGAUUUUAUUACACGGAAGGACGCUAAAUAAAAAUUUAGCGUUUUUAUGUAAAGAAUUUUAAGAAAAGUGAAUAAAUAUUUUGAGU